AUGACUUAUGAUUUUGUGUUCGCAUCUUCUGUCCGUGAUGAGAAAGCGUCAUUGUCCAUUGAAGACCGUGAGUUUCUGUCCAUUAUGGACAGUGAAUUCACACUAGGUUCCGACAGUAAAUGGUCCGCCCCACUUCCAUUUAAGUCACCACGACCCAAGCUUCCCAACAAUAAAGCCCAAGCUUUUCAAAGAGCCAAAUCCCUCCAAAAUAGUCUGAACAAGAACCCUGUUAAGAGACAGCAUUUUGUAGACUUUAUGGGUAACCUGCUUUCUAGUGGUCAUGCAGAACUUGCUUUUAAGCUAGCAGAUGAUGCUGAGUGUUGGUACCUACCUAUCUUUGGAGUCUACCAUCCCAAAAAGGUUGAUAAAAUUCGUGUUGUCUUCGACUCAGCUUGUCAGUAUAAUGGUGUGUCGCUCAAUUCUGUGUUGCUCCAGGGUCCAGACCUAGCAAAUAGUCUGCUUGGUGUCUUACUAAGGUUUCGUAGGGAACAGGUAGCAGUUUCAGUUGAUGUAGAGCAAAUGUUUUACUGCUUCGGUGUCAAAGAGUGUGACAGAGAUUACCUUCGGUUUCUAUGGUAUGAAGAUAAUGACCCCUCAAAAUCUCUAGUUGAGUAUCGCAUGUGUAAACACGUGUUUGGGAAAAGCCCAUCUCCAGCCAUAGCAAAUUAUGGUCUGCAGAAAUCAGUUAAGAAUUCUGACGAAGAUGUCAAAGAGUUUGUUCGGAGAGACUUUUAUGUGGAUGAUGGUCUUACUUCUUGUCCUACGGUUUCAGAAGCCAGGAGUUUGAUUGAACGUACCCAAGCUUCACUAGCAGGGAAGGGAAUUCGGCUUCAUAAGAUAUCUUCAAACGUCCCAGACGUUAUGAAAGGGUUGUCUCGGGAAGAUUUGUCAACAAACUUGAGCCGUCUGGACUUUGAUCUUGAGAGUUUACCUACUCAGCGUAGUUUAGGACUUCAGUGGGACUUGAAUAAGGACUACUUCCUGUUCGAUUGUCAUAUUCAAGAUAGACCCGUCACGAAGAGAGGCCUUCUUUCAAGCAUUCAUAGUGUGUUUGAUCCUAUCGGCUUUUUGUCGCCAAUUUUGAUCAAUGGCAGGCUGAUUUUAAGAGAUGUAAUCGCUAGCGGUAUAGAAUGGGAUUUACCUCUGACCACAGAAUUUGAGGCCAAGUGGUACAAUUGGCUAGGCAGUUUAGCAGAUUUGGAGUGUGUGAAAGUCAGUAGAAGUCUGUUCAAUGUGUCACUUUCAGAAAUGUCCAAUCCUGAACUUCAUGUAUUCUCAGAUUCGUCAGAAAAGGCAAUAGCAGCAGUAGUAAGUGUUGUAGUCAGAGAGGUUGGCAUAGAUGUUCCAUCUCUAGUUCCCCAGAGAGUAAGUCUAGAGCUACUGAGGUUGUGCUCCGAGAAGUUCAGUAUGAUUGCUUCAAAGCAGAAGUUGAUGCUCUUUCCUCACAGAGCCCUGUAG